AUGACGUGGCUCCGCGCCGCCACGGGCCUGGCCCGCCACGCCGCGCGGCGGGCGGCCCUCGCCCGCGCAGCCACCCCGGGCCACGCGGGCGCCCGAUCCGCGGGGUUCCACACCUCGGCGCUCCGCCGCAGGGCCGCGGCGCCGGCCCCGCGGGCCGUCCCGCUCUCGAGGCUCACCGACAGCUUCCUCGACGGCACCAGCAGCGUGUACCUCGAGGAGCUGCAGCGCGCGUGGGAGGCGGACCCGGCCUCCGUCGACGAGUCGUGGGACAACUUCUUCCGCAACUUCCUCGGCCAGGCCGCGGGCUCCCCCGGCGCGGGCCUCUCCGGCCAGACCAUCCAGGAGAGCAUGCAGCUGCUCCUCCUCGUGCGCGCCUACCAGGUCAACGGCCACAUGAAGGCGGCGCUCGACCCGCUCGGGCUCGACGACCGCGCCGUGCCCGAGGACCUCGACCUCGCCCUCUACGGCUUCACGGAGGCCGACCUCGACCGCGAGUUCUUCCUCGGGGUCUGGAUGAUGGCCGGCUUCCUCUCCGAGAACCGGCCGGUCCUCACCCUCCGCGAGAUCCUCGGCAAGCUCGAGCGCGCCUACUGCGGGCCCAUCGGCUUCGAGUACAUGCACAUCCCCGACCGCGACAAGUGCAACUGGCUCCGGGAGAAGAUCGAGACCGUCGCGCCCAGGGAGUACCCCAAGGACCGCCGCCUCGUCAUGCUCGACAGGCUCAUCUGGAGCACCCAGUUCGAGAACUUCCUCGCCACCAAGUGGGCCACCGCCAAGCGCUUCGGCCUCGAGGGCGGCGAGACCCUCAUCCCCGGCAUGAAGGAGAUGUUCGACCGGUCCGCCGAUCUCGGCGUCGAGAACAUUGUCAUUGGCAUGCCCCACAGGGGGAGGCUCAAUGUGCUGGGGAACGUCGUCCGCAAGCCCUUGUCUCAGAUAUUCAGCGAGUUUGCUGGCGGGACGAGGCCUGUCGAAGGCGAGGAUGGGCUCUAUACUGGAACUGGUGAUGUCAAGUACCAUCUGGGUACCUCCUACGACCGGCCGACCCGUGGUGGCAAGAGGAUCCACUUGUCGUUGGUCGCCAAUCCCAGUCAUCUGGAGGCCGUCGACCCUGUUGUCAUUGGCAAGACGCGUGCAAAGCAGUUCUACUCCAAUGAUGAUGACAGGACAAAGAACAUGGGCAUUCUUAUUCAUGGAGAUGGUAGCUUUGCUGGGCAGGGCGUGGUGUAUGAGACGCUCCAUCUGAGUGCCCUUCCAAACUACACUACUGGAGGAACCAUUCACAUUGUUGUCAACAAUCAAGUUGCCUUCACAACUGAUCCAAGAGCCGGCAGGUCUUCCCAGUACUGCACGGAUGUUGCCAAGGCCGUGAAUGUCCCUAUAUUCCAUGUUAAUGGUGAUGAUCUGGAGGCUGUUGUACGUGUCUGCGAACUUGCAGCUGAGUGGCGCCAGACCUUCCAUUCUGAUGUGGUGGUCGACCUGAUCUGCUACCGUCGUUUUGGACACAAUGAAAUUGAUGAGCCAUCCUUCACACAGCCAAAGAUGUAUCAGGUCAUUAAGAACCAUCCAAGUUCAUUGAAGCUUUAUGAACAGAAACUGCUUGAAACAGGUGAAGUCACUAAAGAAGAUGUUCAGAGGAUCCACGACAAAGUGAACCGAAUCCUAAAUGAAGAGUUCGCUAAAAGCAAAGAUUAUGUUCCCAACAAGAGGGAUUGGCUCUCGGCUUACUGGACUGGCUUUAAGUCACCUGAGCAAAUUUCACGUGUUCGCAACACCGGGGUUAAGCCAGAGGUACUGAAACGUGUUGGGCAAGCAAUUACUACUCUGCCUGAAAGCUUCAAGCCCCACAGAGCAGUGAAGAAGAUUUUUGAGCAGCGUGCUGCAAUGAUCGAGAGUGGUGAAGGUAUUGAUUGGGCUGUUGCCGAAGCCCUUGCCUUUGCAGCACUCAUAGUUGAAGGCAACCAUGUUAGGCUGAGUGGACAGGAUGUGGAAAGGGGAACUUUUAGCCACCGGCAUUCAGUUGUGCAUGACCAGGAAACUGGGGCGAAAUACUGCCCGCUCGAUCAUGUUGUGAUGAAUCAAAAUGAGGAGCUGUUUACUGUUAGCAACAGUUCACUUUCGGAAUUCGCUGUUCUUGGAUUUGAAUUGGGCUACUCCAUGGAGAACCCGAAUUCGCUAGUACUCUGGGAAGCUCAGUUUGGUGACUUCUCCAAUGGUGCACAAGUGAUGUUCGACCAGUUUCUGAGUAGUGGAGAGGCAAAAUGGCUGCGUCAAACUGGCCUUGUUGUUCUACUGCCUCAUGGUUAUGAUGGCCAAGGUCCUGAGCACUCCAGCUCCCGUUUGGAGCGCUUCCUUCAGAUGAGUGAUGACAAUCCUUUUGUCAUACCUGAGAUGGACUCAACACUUCGCAAGCAGAUACAGGAGUGUAACUGGCAGGUUGUGAAUGUGACAACCCCUGCAAACUAUUUCCAUGUGCUGCGUCGUCAGAUACAUAGGGAUUUCCGGAAACCACUGAUUGUGACGGCCCCCAAGAACCUACUUCGUCAUAAGGAGUGUAAAUCCAACCUCUCUGAGUUUGAUGAUGUUGAAGGGCACCCAGGAUUUGAUAAGCAAGGAACACGUUUCAAGCGGCUGAUAAAGGACCGUAACGAUCACAAGGAAGUCGAGGAGGGUAUCAACCGCCUUGUAUUAUGUUCUGGAAAGGUGUAUUAUGAACUUGACGAUGAGCGGAAAAAGUCCGAGCGCAGUGAUGUUGCCAUCUGCAGGGUUGAGCAACUUUCCCCAUUCCCAUACGACCUUAUCCAGAGAGAGCUAAAAAGAUAUCCAAAUGCGGAGAUCGUGUGGUGCCAAGAGGAGCCGAUGAACAUGGGCGCAUACAGCUACAUCUCACCCCGCCUCUACUCGGCCAUGAAGACCCUCGGGCGCGGCACUUUUGAGGACAUCAAGUACGUGGGCAGGGCGCCCUCGGCCGCCACAGCCACCGGCUUCUUGACGGUCCACGUGCAGGAGCAGUCGGAGCUGGUGAAGAAGGCAUUGCAACCGGAGCCGAUCAAGUUCCCCUGA